CUCACAUUGUUCUCUCCGCGCAGAGCGCGAUCAGACUGUCCAUCUUGAGAGGAGUCGGCAUUUGAUAGAUUGUUGUUCGGCUUUGUGAAGAUAAGAUGGAAUGGAGGAGUUAACGAGACAGAUGGACUUCUCAGGAGGCUUGUCAGAAGAAAAUGUUGUCACAGAAACUAUAACUUCCACGACCAGACUGACUUCUCUGCCACCAAAGGGAACCAGCGGAUCAAAUCACAGGAAUAUGUCCAGCAGUGCUGGAGGGCUGAGCUUGGAGAAGAAUGUCUUAACCCUGAACAGUGGAACUUAUUUCAGUUCAUCCUCUGUAGGUGUUAAUACCAGCAACUACAGCUCCUCCUCAGGAGUUUACCUUGGUGGAGACUCCUCAGGAGGAGGUGAUGGAGGGGGGAGCUACAUAGAUGGAGAAAGCUAUGGAAGCGGAGGCGUUGUUGGCAGCAGUGGUUCUGGAGGUGGCAGUUAUCACGUGAGCUCGGUGUCAAAGAUCAGGACCAGCUCGUCUGGUUGGGCCCGGAGAACGCAGGCUGCCGGCUCAUCACGAAGUCUGUCGCCAGCUUUCCGGGAGAGGAAGACCAUAAGCAGUCGCUCAGGAGGUUACGACGGAAGUUCCAGUGCAAAUUCCUCUCCAGAAUUUACACGCAAAGAUUAUGGCAACUAUUGCUCCAGUGCCACGCGAGGGAGGAGUGAAAGCAGAGAGAGCGAGAUCAGAACCAGAUUACAAAGUGCCUCCCCCUCACCUUCCAGAUGGAUGGAGUUGGACGACGUGAAGAAGCUGCUGAAGGGUCGCUCUAGCAGUGUCAGCCCUACUCGCUCCUUCACCACUCUGCCUGUUCCCAAGAAGGCCGGCGUGGAAACCAAGACUGUCUCUGUGGCCUCUCAGUCGGUGUCAACUUCGUUUGGCUCUGGUGUGACGUCAGCUGGAUUCAACACCAUUGAUGCAUCUGGCGUGUAUGAUAAUGGUCUGAGUUCAGGACAGUACGGUACUGGUGUAAAAUCAAGCCAGUAUGAUGCUAGUGUGAGUUCGGGACAGUACGGUACUGGUGUAAAAUCAAGCCAGUAUGAUGCUAGUGUGAGUUCAGGACAGUACGGAACUGGUGUAAAAUCAAGCCAGUAUGAUGCUAGUCUGAAAUCAGAGCAGUACAGUGCCGGGGUGAGAUCGGGCCAGUAUGACACUUCCACGCUGGAUGCUCUCCUUCCAUCUUUCUCCUGGUCCACCGCCACCCUGCCCUCCUCCUCCACCACGGUGGUCACUGGCAACGCCAGCAGCUACACGUACCAGGCGGGCAACAACAACAUGUUCUCACCCCUCAGCGCCACCUCACCCUCGUCCCUGUCAGUUUAUGGCUUUCAGAAUAAUCUGGCGCCCACCUCUGGCAGUGUCCUCACCACCAAUGGCCAUAAUGUCAAUGCUCAUUUGGGAGGUUAUGGAGUUCAGAAGAAUGUGUCAAACGGUGGUGGUGUUGUCAGCACUGGAGUCUCUACAACCACUAGAUCCCAAACUGAAGAUGCAUAUAAGAAAGAUUAUAAGUUCCUGAUCUCUGAAAAGGAGAACGUUCCAGCCAAAAGAGAUGCAGAGAUACUAAUUUUGGCCAAAGACAGUGGCAAGCAGUUCACCACCACUGGCAUCAGCGUUCAUUUAGGAGGAGGGUCACUUUCAGGAGACUCCAUAAAAAAAGAGAAGCUUAUUUCAAGCUAUAGUGAGACGGCGCCACUGAAGACAGAGAGCGGCAACACUUACUAUGGGUCGUCUGGAGUUGUAAUGAAAGACAAAGCCACCUAUGCAGAGAUUCACAGGGACAGCGGCAUCUUUGGAGGAGGAGGAUUUUGCUGCUGCUCUGACGCAUGCUGCUCCUGGUGGAAAUGGCUGCUGGGUCAUCUCCUUCUCUCCUUGCUCCUGCUGGGACUCCUCUUUGGGCUCAUUGCAUUAGCUGAGGAUGUGAGAAAGCUGAAGAAUCGAGUGGCUACUUUGGAGGCUGCAUCCUCAUCCGCUACUGCUCACGCCAGUCGUCUGUCAUGUACCAAUGACACCAACGCCAAUGUGGAUGCGGGUGUAAGCAGAGGACACAUAGAUCUUGCGGCUCUCCAGAUUGAAAUCCAGAACAUGAUGAGAUCUGAAAUGAAGUCACAGGAAUUCAGAGAUUUAAUAGCAUCCUCUGUGCAAGUAGAAAGGGGAUUGCCUGGACUUAAAGGGGACACUGGAGCUAAAGGAGAUCCUGGUUUCCCUGGACAGCCAGGUCCUCCUGGUUCGAUUGGCCACCCAGGUAUUGAUGGUCAGAAAGGACAGAAAGGAAGCCAAGGUGAUCAUGGACCGGAGGGGCCACAAGGUAUCAGGGGUCGUGAGGGCCCUGCUGGCCCCAGAGGUGAGCCAUUGGUUUUACUUACAGAGUUGCUGACAUAUUGCUAUUACUUUUAUUAUCUCGUAAUGCAAGAAAUACAAACUGCACCAGGGCUGUCUGGACAAGAUGGUGCAAAAGGCUCAAGAGGUGACCAAGGACAUGCUGGACCCCCUGGACUUAGAGGUCCUGCUGGGCCUCCUGGAGAUGCUGGACUUCCAGGAACACCUGGGCUUCAAGGACCACCAGGAAUACCAGGGAAUCCAGGACAGCCAGGGGCCAAAGGUGAAAUGGGUCAACAAGGGAAAAUCAUUAAUGCAGCUGGCUCCGCCUCUGUGGGUAUCCCAGGACCUCCUGGGCCUGCUGGACCUCCCGGCCCUGCCGGACAUCCAGGAUUAUCAGGUCCUAUUGGUCCUGCUGGUCUGCCUGGCCAACCUGGUAGGUUACUGCACCCCAGACUCAAAAACAAAACAAAACAAAUUUGGAUCAGAUAUGAAGCCUUCAGAGUCUCAUAGAUGCUAUGUUUUUCCGUCCUCACAGGUCCUAAAGGUCCGCCUGGACCUCCUGGACGUCCUGGAGAUUCAAGACAAGGACCUCCAGGACCACCUGGUCCUCAAGGUCCUCCAGGUUAUGGAAGACCAGGACCUAAAGGAGACAAAGGAGAUUCAAGCUAUGCAUCUGGCUCUGGAGUGCAUUAUGGACAACCAGGACCACCUGGGCCACCUGGACAGAAGGGAGAAACAGGUUCACCUGGACCAAGAGGGUACCAAGGUAACUGUCUUUCUUUAAGUUAUGUCACUUCACGAGGCUCAAUCUCAGUCACCUCAGGGCCUCCUGGUCCUCCAGGUCCUCCUGGCCCUUCAGGCCCACCUGGCGCAUUCUCCUCUUCUGAGAUGCACCAUUACAUCAAUACCUAUCUAAGCAGAAACAGACAGGCUGGUAUUCCUGGACCUCCAGGUCUACCUGGGCCUCCAGGAAUCCCCGGAACCUUCUCAGGCUCUAUAGAGGACAUCUCCACUCGCAUCAUUGCAUACAUACAACGUUCAGGCUCAAGCUUCGGCACUGGUAUCCAGGGUCCUCCAGGACCACCUGGCCCUCCUGGCCCCGGCUCUGGAUCCCUGACUGUCAACGCUCUCAUUACCAUGCUACAGAGAGAUGAUGUGAGGAGAUAUAUGUCAGGACCGCCAGGGCCACAAGGACCACCAGGAGCAUCAGGAGGAAUCUCUGGCACUUACAAUAUACAGGAGAUAGCUACUUAUGUCUUCAACAUCAUGAAUGAGAGAGGGAUUGCUAGAGGUGUGCCUGGGCCACCAGGCCCUCCUGGGCCUGCAGGUGCAGGGGGCUCUAGCUAUACUUCUGCUACAAUUGACUACUCUGAAUUGAUAAGAAAUUCAGACUUCUGUUCAUGGAUUUCCUCUGCUGUACAACAUGGUCCUCCCGGUCCUCCAGGUGUUUCAGGGCAUCCUGGCCCUCCUGGCCCCCAGGGGCCACCAGGAGUCUCCACUUCAAUUAUGAAGGGAACGGGAUGUCGCGGGUACAGCUUGGAGGAAAUUCAGCGUCACCUGCAAGGUUCUAGCUUCAGAGGUCUUCCUGGCCCUCCUGGUCCUCCAGGUCCACAGGGUCCACCAGGCAGACAAAGUGGAUCGGUUUCCUACAGUGGGAACUUCCCUCGGGAGUCUAUCCGUGCUGAAGUUCAGGAGUAUCUGACCAGUGACAAUGUUCGUCGUACCAUUAUGGGACCUCCAGGUCAGAAAGGAGAUCGUGGAGAGCCAGGUUACUCCCAGAGCUACGUGCAUAGCUCGAGCUACCCUCAGGGUGACCCUCGCUAUGGUUCAGACCGCAAAGACAUUGAUGUCAGCAGGCUCGCUGAGAGACUAGACUACUCCAACGUUGCUUUGAAAGUUACAGACUACAUCAAGAAUCAAGGCCUCCUGCAGGAUUAUCUGGUUGAAGGUCCCUGGAGGUCAAAUGUAAGAGCUAUUCAAGGCCCCACUGGUCCACCUGGCCCUCCUGGACCACCUGGCUACAGCCGUGUCAUUGGAACUUACGGCAACAUCACAGCUGACCUGAUGGACUUCUUCAGAACCCAUGGCACCAUCCCCGGUCCUCCAGGAAUCCCUGGACCAAAGGGAGAGAGAGGGUACCCAGGACCCAGGGGAGAAAAGGGUGAUCCUGGACGCCAGGGUUUAUCAGGACUACCGGGGACAUACACUGUACAAAUUCCACACCGAGUGCAGAAGAGGGAUACCGGCAAUAAAGUGGUUCGUCAUCAGCUGCGUCGCCGUCAAGCUAACAUUGGCUAAAAGGCAACAUACUACUGGAUCAUGUCA